AUGUCUAGAAUAAAAAACUUAAAGAACGUGCAAAAGAAAACGCACAAAUGGCAUUACUACACACCCGAUCAUCACGAUUCUGCGGCCAUUAGUAGUCCAAGCGUUGAUUCUGCAGCCGGUAGCCAGGUCUCUAAUCUAACUCAAGAUCUAACUCAAGAUCUAACUCAAGAUCUAACUACAGAUCUAGUUCAAGAUCUAACUCAAGAUCUAACUGCAGAUCUAGUUCAAGAUCUAACUCAAGAUCUAACUCAAGAUCUAACUCAAGAUCUAACUACAGAUCUAACUCAAAAUCUAACUCAAGAUCUAACUACAGAUCUAGUUCAAGAUCUAACUCAAGAUCUAACUCAAGAUCUAACUCAAGAUCUAAUUCAAGAUCUAACUACAGAUCUAACUCAAGAUCUAGUUCAAGAUCUAACUCAAGAUCUAACUCAAGAUCUAACUACAGAUCUAGUUCAAGAUCUAACUCAAGAUCUAACUGCAGAUCUAGUUCAAGAUCUAACUCAAAAUCUAACUCAAGAUCUAACUCAAGAUCUAACUACAGAUCUAACUCAAAAUCUAACUCAAGAUCUAACUACAGAUCUAGUUCAAGAUCUAACUCAAGAUCUAACUCAAGAUCUAACUCAAGAUCUAGUUCAAGAUCUAAGUCAAGAUCUAAUUCAAGAUCUAACUACAGAUCUAACUCAAGAUCUAGUUCAAGAUCUAACUCAAGAUCUAACUCAAGAUCUAACUACAGAUCUAGUUCAAGAUCUAAGUCAAGAUCUAAUUCAAGAUCUAACUACAGAUCUAACUCAAGAUCUAACUCAAGAUCUAAUCUAG